GACAGUACAAUCCGCUACAAACAAACUGGUUUUCCAAAAAUGAAGUUGUUAAGUUGUUCGUUUUUGAAGUUCUGUGGUACGCUAAUCCAUCAUUAUUGUAUACACCAUAGUUUCUAUCCCGAACAGCAAUUUUUCGUAAAAUAACUUGGUUAAUCACAGAUUGAUGGAAACGCCAAAGAUUAAAGCUAAAGUGGUGGUUGUUGGAGCAGGCGCUGCAGGAAUCGCAGCUGCUACGCUACUGUUUAAAAAUAAUUUCGAUGUGAUCGUAUACGAAGCGUCUGAUCGUAUUGGGGGGCGGAUGCGCACUCACAAAACGCCGGAAGGAUGGAUUGAACUAGGCGCGCAGUGGGUGCAUGGGGAGCAGCAAUGGCUGUACGAUUAUGCUGCUGAGCAUGGUCUCCUAGGACGAUCGGUUGUGAUGGCAGAAGAAAGUGGGAUACUUCAGGAAAGCGGCAAGCAGGUGUCAGUAAGCGAUUUCGGCAGGUUGUCAGAAAAGAGCAAUGUUUUUGGCGAUAUGCUGUGCAAGGAUGAACUGCGCAAGGUGGACAAACUGCAAUCUGUUGGCGAAUUCCUUACAAAUAUCUACUAUCAAACCAGCCAGGAUCUCACCGACCUAGAAAAAGCAGAGCUGGAAUCUGCUUAUGAUUGGUUUAUCCGAGUUACGAAAAUGGAUGCCGGUUCGGAUACACUGCACGAUGUCAACGUACGCAACUACAUUGACGAGACAUGUAUCGGCAACUACAAUCACCAACUGAACAUUCCCUUUGCUGACCUGUUUGAUCACGUCCGCAAUUAUCCCAAAGAAGGAAAGGAGUUUCCAUUAGAAAGGGUAAAAUUCAACACAGCUGUGGCCGCUUUGAAAUUUCUACCGGAAAAUAAGCAAGUCCAGGUGACCACGGCUAAGGGAGAGGUCAUCGAAGCGGACCAUGUUAUUGUCACGGUUUCUUUGGGAGUACUCAAAGCACACCAGCAUACGCUCUUCCAGACACCGCUUCCUGCGAGAACAAAGCUGGCUAUCGACCUGCUGGGUUAUGGAACAGUCGGGAAAGUGGUGUGUUUCUAUGACGAACCGUUUUGGAAAGAUUGGAAGUUUGAUUAUGUGCGGGGUGAUGUGAAGGCGCUGUCGUUGUUUUGGAAAGGGGAUCUUGAUGAUUUCCAGAAUGACCCGGAGAAGCGUUAUGAUAAUAAGCCCUGGUACCGAGCUAUCCGCAGCUUCGUUGUUGCUCAGUUUCAUCCGAACGUACUGGUGGCGUUUUUGGCGGGAUCGCAUACGAACACUAUGGAAAAGUUAUCAGAAGACGAUGUGUCCAGGGAUAUAACAGCCCUGUUACGUAGAUUUUCCGGCCGAAAUGUUCCCGCACCAAAGAAAAUAAUUCGGAGCUCAUGGUCGUGUGACAAAAAUUUCAACGGAACGUACAGUUAUUUGUCACAAGCGGCACGGAAGGCCGAAGUAUCAGCCGAAGACCUUGGACAGCCAGCGUGGAAAUAUGAAAAACAGUUUAAUGAAAGAAACGUCCAGGUCCCGGGACUCCUCUUUGCUGGAGAAGCCACUCACACAAAGUAUUUUUCCAUGGCGCACGGUGCGUUAAUGUCCGGUUGGAGGGAGGCGCAAAGGCUUAUUGACGGCUAUUCCACAGUGCACAUCUAGCGCAAUCCUGCUGGAUUAGGUUUUUUAAUCGGAUUUCCUGGUGAAGGGUGAUUUAACACAGAAGGGCGGGUGCUAAUGCGUGCUUUGUGAUUCGAUAUCGCUGGAAAGGUUUCUCUUGCGCUAAAUUUGUUAUUGUUGCGCUAAAUUUGUUAUUUGCAGAUUUUUUAUUCAGUAAUAAACUAUG